AUGAACAAGACAUUAUACUCUGGUUUUUGGGUAAAAAACACUACACCUUGUUUUUUUCCUAGGCGAACGCUUGAAACAAUUUCUAAAGAAAAUAUUGAAAAGAGUUUUAAGGUUCUUAAUUUACCUCUUAACUCUAACCAAGAUGAAAUUCGAAAAGCAUUUUUAGAGUUGGCAAAAAAGUACCAUCCAGACUCAGGGUCUCCUGAUGCAAAUAUUGAGAAAUUUGUUGCGAUAGAGAAUGCAUUCAGAUUGCUAUCAAAACACUAUACUGGUGUCAGCAACAAUAAGGAAGUAGAAAAGAUAGUCUUUGAUAUCAGGCAUACAGCACCCCAACAUCGGCAGUAUCUUAGUUAUGAAGGAGUGGGAUAUGGUACCCCAUCCCAACGGCAGAGACAGUGGACUCAAAGUCGCGCUCAAAGAGCUGCUGCCAACGUCAUAGAGCAUCGCAUUUCCAAAGCCGUAGCUUCAGAUAAAGCUCUAAUUAAAAAAGAUAAAUACAGCAAGAUACAUGAUAUAAAAACCAAAUAUGGGUUUGAUAGAUUAGUAGAGGAUUUGAUACAGGAGUCGAUAUCGAAAGGCGAAUUUGAGAAUUUAAGUGGGAAGGGGAAACCUUUAAAAGAUCAGAAUACUAAUCCUUAUGUUGAUUUUACAACACACAAGUUAAAUGAGGUCCUUAUUAAUAAUGGUUUCACUCCAGAAUGGAUAACUAUGAGGAAAGAAAUAGACCAAGAUAUUGAAAUGUUAAAGGAGGAAAUUAAAAGAGAUAGAAUGGCCCUAGGACCGUUUCCAUUGAAUGAAGAAGACAAAGUAAAAUGGGAGAAGGUAUAUGAGAGCAAUAAAAACCUAGCAAGCUCUAUAAAUUUAAAAAUUAACACCUACAAUCUAAUUGUUCCUAUGAUUAACAAGCAAAAAUUCCAUGUUGAAUUCGACAAGAUAUGUGAAGAUAUUCUACAGAACGGUGCACAUACUGCACAGAGUAAUGAAAACGUAGAUAUGAAAAGACCUGUAGAUGCACCCACAGGUCACAGUGACGAUUUUAUUAGUAUUCUCUUUAGCGCUUUAGGUGAAUUACUAACAUUUAAAAAAGAGGAAAAGAAAAGUGUAAAUAAUUGA